AUCAAACGAGGACUUUUAGUUUAGCACUAAAGUUGGAGACUUUUAUUAUAUGGAAAUCACCAUGAACCGGAAGUCAGCCGCUGUCUGUGUCUGGUCUGUUUACUUUUGCCACUGCUGAAUCCACGUGAAUACAAUGCAGGUCUGAUGUGGCCUCAGUCUUCCCAGCACAGGUUGGUCAUGAUGUCUCUGAGAUGCUGUCAGAAGAUGUUACUGAGACUGUACGGCGGCUCUCUGUCCACCGUGAAGAGCUGCAUGUGUUUGAGACGCUACAGUAGAGCACCUCAGAGUCACAGGAGGGUGGUGAUCACCGGCAUCGGACUCGUUUCUCCCCUCGGGACAGGAAGUGCUCUGCCCUGGCAGCGUCUGAUUGGUGGAGAAAGCGGUUUGGUUGCUCUGGACCCAGAGGAGUAUAAGACAGUGCCGUGUAAGGUGGCGGCCUGCGUGCCGCGAGGAGAUAAGCAUGGAGAUUUCAACGAAGAGGCGUUUAUGUCCAAAGGAGAGAUCAACAGCAUGUCUCCAGCCACGGUUAUGGCCAUCAGUGCCGCCCAGUUGGCUCUUGAGGAUUGCGGAUGGUUUCCCAGAAGCCCGGAGGAGCAGCUGAGCACCGGUGUGGCGGUCGGGAUGGGUAUGGUGUCUCUGGAGGAAAUCGCUCGGACGGCCUCAACCUUUCAAACACGCGGCUACAGCAAAGUCAGUCCGUUUUUCGUCCCUCGCAUCCUGGUCAACAUGGCCGCAGGACACAUAAGCAUCAAACACAAACUCAAGGGUCCCAAUCACGCCGUGUCCACCGCAUGCACCACGGGAGCUCACGCUGUCGGAGACGCCGCCCGUUUCAUCGCUCACGGUGACGCAGAGGUGAUGCUCGCCGGCGGGACGGAGGCCUGCAUCAGUCCGCUGUCCAUCGCCGGGUUCGCUCGUGCUCGCGCCCUUAGCACCAACUGGAACCAGGAGCCCAGACUCGCCUCGUGCCCAUUUCAUCCAGACAGAGAGGGGUUUGUGAUGGGAGAAGGGGCAGCCGUGCUUGUUUUAGAGGAGUAUGGACACGCAGAGAAGAGGGGUGCGCGGGUUUACGCCGAGGUGCUGGGAUACGGGCUCUCUGGAGACGCCAGCCACAUCACGGCUCCAACCGCAGAUGGAGACGGUGCCUUUCGGUGCAUGUCUGCUGCUCUCCGUGAUGCUGGUGUGUCUCCUUCAGACGUGACGUAUGUCAAUGCUCACGCCACCUCCACACCGCUAGGAGACGCCGCGGAGAACGCUGCCAUUAAGAGACUGUUUGAGCAGCAUGCGUACUCACUGGCCGUGUCCUCCACUAAAGGAGCGAGCGGUCAUCUGCUGGGAGCUGCCGGAGCACUGGAGGCUGCCUUCACCGCCCUCGCCUGUCACCACAGCAUCCUACCGCCCACCCUCAACCUGGACCGCACCGAGCCAGAGUUUGACCUGAACUAUGUGCCCUGCACAGCGCAGACCUGGAGCUCCAGCGGACGCAGAGUCGCUCUCACCAACUCAUUCGGCUUCGGGGGAACAAACGCUUCUCUGUGUCUCGCGAGCGUGUGAUCACUGUAAUGCAGAUGGAUGAUUUCAGUUCAAAUCCACUGGUAUUUCAUUAAGUAACAUUAAAUUCGACACGAAGUGGAGGAUGCAAUAGUCUUUUCUUCCCUGUUGUGACGUUUAUUGUAUUGGAGUGAAACAGCUUCUGGACGAGCAGGAUUUGGUCCAUGGGGAAUUGAUUGGAUGGUUGGAAGGCUGUGGUUUGCUAUUGGUGGAUCACAUGUGAGUGACAGGUUGAUGCCACCCUUGCAACAGUUUAAAGAAGAGAUGUCAUUGAAGAGGGAGGGGAAGUUAUUAUGAUCAAAGAUUAUGAGGACAAAUUAAUAAAAAAAAUAAAAAAUAAAAAAAAAGUAAGAAUUGUCCAUUUUUAUUUCAUGGUGACUUUAAAUGUAAUACAUUAUGUUUGGCUGUCAGGUUUACUUUGCUAUGCCCUUGCAUUUAUAUCUUCUCAACCAUGAAAAAGCAUAAUUAUAUGAUAUAUAUGCAAAAUAAUAUGUGGAUUAAUGCACUUCUGAUCAAUUUAAUUUACAUGUGAUUUUGCUAGAUAAUAGUUCAAGCACUUGUAAUGCAAACUCUCACAGGGCAGUUUUUAUCAGCAGUUAAAGUUUGUGUUGUAAUCUCAAUAAAAAGGAAGUUUAUUUUUAAGACCAAAAAGAUUUGUUUUGCAUUGUGACCCAGUUGGUAUCCUUUGUAAUGUGAGCAUUUAAUUGUAUAUUGUAAUACAGUAAAUAUAUUUCUAAUUAAAGAUUAUGCAAAUGAGAAGUUAGUGGUAAUAUGUAAUGGAAACAGAAUUACAAAAAUUCAUUUUAAUUGUCUGUAUGCAAAAAUACAUUUUGUUUUCUUUUAAUUAUGCUUAAUCAUAUAGGAUUAUACAGUUUUGCUCAAAUGUUUAUGUAUGGUUUAUCAUCAUUAAUCAUAAAAGUAACAAAAGUAAAUAGAUCAUAAAUAUAUAUUUUUUAAUUAAGUUCAACCUUGAUCAAGCUAAUUGCCAUAAAAUAUUAACACGUUAAAUUAUUUAAUUUAUACAAAUGCUUCCAUAGUCAUAAUUGUUUGUUGUAGUCAUUAUUUUAUGUCAUUUUAAAAAAUAUAUAUAAAUCAUCAAGACUUAUAGAUUUUGCCAGGGAUAUGUAAAAAUGUAUGUUAUACUGUAUAUGCAUUAUCUUAUAUCCUAUAUCUUAUAUUUAUUAUAGUAUAUGUAAAUUAAUAAUGUUUACUCUUGCUCCGUGUUACCUGGACUGAGAAAUUCAUGUUUAUUUUUCAGCAAAAGUCCUGACGAAUAAACAUUGGUACUGAUGUGUGGUACCACAAUUAUGUGUGUAUGUUAACUGAACUCAAUUCAAUAAGCAAAUAUAUCAUUAUUGUAAAAAUGUACUGUG